UAAUACAGCUCUCCCGCACUACCCGUACCCGUACAUGGUAUUCACUCCGCUAGUCGUCUCCCCGUCUCGCUCCCCGCAACAUGCAAAGCGUUGACGUCCCCCUCGCAGCAACCUCCGUCCGCUGGAUCCGACCUCCUUCCCUUCGAGCCCAAACAAAAACCCCACCAGACGAUCAAGAAUCGCUCUCCCCUCUCCACCACCACCAUUCCACCAACGACUCGUAACCUUCACCUCUCCUAGGUCCUAGCUAGCUAACCUCCGCUCGCUUCGGUCCGGCAGCGACGAACGCGACGUCGGGAUGAACGCCGGUGCCCCGCCGGCGCCCGGCCGGUUCACCCCGGGCGACGGCACCUCCGUCGGCAUGUUCAGCUCCGACCGCAUCGGCGGCUUCGGCUACGGUGUCGGCGUCUCCGUCGGCAUCCUCCUCCUCAUCACCACCAUCACGCUCGCCUCCUACUUCUGCACCCGCGCGCCCCCGCCCGGCCCGGAGGCCGCCGCCGACGCGGAAGGGACGGCGCGGCGAAGGCGGCGCGCGCGGCGCCGCGAGGGCGGCGGCGACAACGAUGGCGGCGGGGGAGCCGGCGACGACGUCGACGUGGAGCUCGGCAUCGACGAGGCCACGCUCAAGGGGUACCCGGAGGUGGUUUACGGCGAGGCGCGGAGGAACAAGAACAGGAAGCUGGGCACCACCUGCACCUGCUGCUCUGUGUGCCUCGACAACUACGGCGACGGCGACGUGCUCCGGAUGCUGCCGGACUGCGGCCACCUGUUCCACCGGGAGUGCGUCGACCCCUGGCUCCGGAAGCACCCGACCUGCCCCGUCUGCCGGACCUCGCCGCUGCCCAGCCCCUUGCCCACGCCGCUCGCCGAGGUCACGCCGCUGGCCAUGACGAGGCUGUCAUCCUGACACCACACCGAGGUUCUUGCUUGGUUUUAAUGUUCUUACCCUUUUUUUCUUAAUUUGGAAAACUGGUAUCGGUGGAAAAAAAAUGGUCAGGUUAGGAAUUAGAAGCUUCUUUUGUUGGUCUGGGUAUAAAUUUGGUUUAAGAUUAGUUCACUUCUUCUGAUGGAAAUGCAAGUCUGCCUGGCAUUCUGUCCUGAUACAAUUAGUUGAGAAUUCGCCGAUCAGAAGUUCAGAACAUGUGCUCAAAGAAGGAUGAUUACUUGACAUUAGCAAGCUGGGUGUAGUAGAAUUGUAGAUCUCUGUUCGGCAAACGAUCAAUGUCACAAUGUAGAGUAGGUUGUUUGAAUAUACUGAAUCAGAUGGUGGGUUUCGGCUCGAAA